AUGAGGACUGCUGCGGCCUACGGCUUGGAGUUCCAGGCCCGAUGCAUCGCGCCGUUUUACCACCCGUCGAAUGGAAACGUCGAAUCCCACCGAUUUCUUGUGGGAACGUCUUGUUUUUCUGGCGACAACAAAAUUUAUUUGCUCGAGCAUCACGACGAGACGAAGCUGCUCGAGUGCAUGACAGUUUGGUUCCAUGAGGAAGAGGUGUGCGGGCUGUGGAGCUCGCCGUCCUUGACGGAUCCUAGUCUCUUUGCCAUGAGCUCGCCAACCGCGACCAGUGUCUUUCAGGUCCCGGAGACACUUGCAGGCGAGCUGCGGGACGUCACCGCCUUUGACGUCGUCGCCUCUCAGGUCCUCUGGGACUUGGAUGGGCUGCAGAACGAGGUACGGCUGACGUCGCAGGAUACGCUGCGGAUUUACGCGCUUGACGAAGGGAGAUUGGGGAAGGAGGUGAGUUGCUUCCGCAUAGACGGAAACACACGAAUCAACUGCGCUGCCGUGGACGCACAUCACACCUCCGUGUGUAUGGUGGCCUGUGAGAAACUCGGUUUGUAUGUGAUUGACACGCGAAAAAAGAGCCCAGUGUCGAUCGCCAACACGGCCGCCCUUCAUGGAAUGGGACUGACACGCUCCAUCGACUUCAGUUCCUGCCAGAUGAAUCUCUUCGUGACGUCGGGAGAUGAUGGGUUUAUACUCUGGCAUGAUAUGCGCAUGGGUGGAACGACAUGCGCCGUGGAGAAGAAGCAGCAUAUGAGGGCUCACGACCACGCCGUUCCAAGGGCAAUUCUGAAUCCAUUCCAUGAUGAACUUCUCAUAUCGUGUAGCUCUGACCAUACUUUGAAGCUUUGGGACAGCUCAACGGGAGGCGACGAUAACGAGCCUGCCGUCUGCCUGAAGAAAAUUGCCGACUUUGGUGACUCCGUCGUCGAUGCGUGUUGGAGUAGUGGUGCUCCGUGGGUCUUUGCGGGGGUGUCGUACAAUGGAAAGGUUGUAGUGGACGACGUGCCGAAGGAAAAAAAGAUGGCAAUUCUCUUGAAGGAUGGCUGA